UGAGCCGCAGCCACAGGCUAAGCUGCUGUGAUGCUACAAAAGCUGCAACAAGCUACAGUCCACACAGCAGCUCCAACUCUGGAGUUUGGAGUUUCUCUCACCGUUUCUCUUCCUCCUGUUCCAAGUCGUGCGUGUACAUUAAUGGACAUUCCUAGACCCUGCAUGCAGCCAGCGGGGUUUAAAGACAGCAAGACCGAGUUAAAAAGCCCUGCGAACAGCAGCUUUAUUUUUAAAGAUGACGCUAGCAUGACCACUAUCUGUCUUAAUUAUGUUAUUUAGCAAAGAAGCUAGCUGGGUUAUGUUUGUUAGUUUGUUUCACCGACAUUAAAUGAGCCCUGGUUAGCAGUCUAAUGGCAUUAAACGGCUAACUUUAUUGUGAAUUAAUUUGACAGUAAAUUAUAAUAUAUUGGGCUUUUUAGAUAAUAUCCUCGCUAGCAUAAGCUAACAGCUGUUAGACUCCUUUGCGGGGAUACCCUGUAGAAGAGGACUUGAUUUCUGUGGCUGUUUGAUGGGGCUUUUAAGGAUUAUGAUGGCGCCUAAGUUUCAGCUUUUGGCUGUCAUGGCAUUUGGAGUGGCGAUGCUCUUCAUUGAAAACCAGAUUCAGAAACUGGAGGAAUCAAGAGCUAAACUCGAACGCACCAUUGCCAGACAUGAAGUUGCCCAAGUGGAGCAGCGGCACAAUGAAGAUGUCGGCCGGGAAUUAGCCCCACUUUCAGAAAAAGACGACAUGGUAAUUAUCUACAACCGGGUCCCCAAGACAGCCAGCACAUCCUUCACUAACAUUGCCUACGACUUGUGCGCGAAGAAUGGCUUCCAUGUCCUGCACAUCAACACGACCAAGAACAACCCUGUCAUGUCUUUACAGGACCAGGUGCGUUUUGUCAGAAACGUCACCUCCUGGAGAGAGAUGAAGCCCGGCUUCUACCAUGGCCAUGUAGCUUAUCUGGACUUCUCAAAAUUCGGGGUGAAAGGAAAACCGCUGUACAUUAAUGUGGUCCGGGACCCUAUAGAGCGCCUGGUGUCGUACUACUACUUCUUAAGGUUCGGAGACGACUACAGGCCUGGACUUCGACGGCGGAAACAAGGAGACAAAAAGACCUUCGAUGAGUGUGUGUCAUCGGGGGGCUCUGACUGCGCACCGGAGAAACUCUGGCUGCAGAUCCCAUUCUUCUGUGGACAUCAUUCAGAGUGUUGGAACGUUGGCAGCCGCUGGGCCCUGGAGCAGGCCAAGUACAACCUGGUCAAUGAGUACCUGUUGGUCGGAGUAACCGAGGAGCUGGAGGACUUCAUCAUGAUCCUGGAGGCUGCAGUUCCACGCUUCUUCAAAGGGGCCACGGACCUCUACAGGACAGGUAAAAAGUCCCAUCUGCGAAAGACCACUGAAAAGAAGCCGCCCACUAAAGAGACAAUAGCCAAGCUGCAGCAGUCCAACAUCUGGAAAAUCGAAAACGAGUUUUAUGAGUUUGCACUUGAACAGUUUCAGUUUGUGCGCGCCCACGCUGUCAGGGAAAAGGACGGAGAGCUUUAUAUCCUCGCCCAGAGCUUCUUCUAUGAAAAGAUUUACCCCAAAGUGAACUAAAAAUAACACCAGAGUAGUGCGACGCAUGGACUCAAUGAGAAGUCUUAUACACUGGGCAAACGACAAACACUAGUGACGUUAACUAAUGAAUGCUGGAUUUAUUUCAUCUGUAUUCUCCCCUUUUUGGGAUCCACUAUUUCCAUCUGUGUUGAGCCGUCUCAAACUGUACAGUGGAAUUUCUACAGUUUUUUUUAUUGCUGGUGCAGCUGUUGAGAAAACUUAACAUGGACAAACUGUCAGUCUGAACUGCAACGGAGAGAAUUCCUGCAAUAGUCACUGAACGCAGUACGACUCAGAACCAGAACACAAGCAAAAUGUGUUUCAUUCUGUACAAGUCACAUGUUUUGGCUUACAGAGUGGAUCUGCCUCAUUAAAGCAGCGAACUUGAGCUAGUUGGACAAGUUUCACUCCAUAUGUAAAUGUGUUUUUCCAUUUACGGACAGAUUUGAAGAGGAAAAACAUGCCCCCGUGUUGUAUUAUCAUCAUCCUUACUUGUUUACAAAUUCUAGCAGAUCUAACUGUUACGAAGCUGCAUUUGUACAUACUGUAUUAACAUGCAGUCAACGUGUUUUCGGACCAAACGGUAGCAAAAAGAAAGUUGGACCAUUGCAUCCUUUUGGUGCGUGACUAGUAAUUUUUUAAUCCCACUGAGAUGUUCUCAAUUUUUAGACAUGUUUUACACGUAGUAUCAGUGUUCAUCACAGAGGUAGCACUGUGCCUCUUUGAUCUAACUGAUAGCGACUGUUUUUAGCUCGUGAAAGGACCACAGCUGGAGCAGGAUAAAGGUAUUAAUGAAAAAUGAAUUGAAUGUUUGAGUACAGGGUCGACACAGGGUCAUUUCCAGCAGAGAGAAAAAGAUGACAGAUGGAGCUGAUAGUGCCUUUCUUAUAAAUGGAUUUUGGUUUCCAGUGAUCCCACUUUUCUUUGAUUACGUGUGUGUAUUUUUGAACCGCAACUUCUGAUUCUGUUCUUCUAACAGUCGAACACCUAUCACAUUAACAACCUAAACAUAAAUAUGCAACUGCAA